AUGUUAUUUGCCUCUCCAUCACAAAAUAAGAACAGACUUGAAAUCAAAACCUUCGUGGACAACCACACAUGUGGGAAUUUUGGCAAUAAUGCAGGUCAAUUUAGGGCGUCACGACAAUUCAUUGCGACCCAAGUAUUACCCACGUUAAAGGUCCGACCAGAUUUACGACCUAUCGACGUACAAAAGGAGUUACUAACUUCGUAUGGGCUUAGGGUCGAUUAUAGCAAGAUAUGGUGGGGUAAAGAAAGAGCACAAGAGCAACUAUAUGGUGAUGCCCAUGAGUCCUACGAUCAAUUACGAUGGUAUGUAGAAGAGGUUAAGAAGACAAACCCAGGUAGCUACAUUCAUGUUGAACAAAAUGAGGGGAGGUUUUCAAAGCUAUUCAUCUGUUAUGCUGCCUGCAUAAAUGGGUUUUUGAACGGUUGUAGACCACUUAUAUUUUUGGAUGGUACAUUUCUGAAAGAUCGUUUCAAAGGUAUACUCCUCAGCGCCGUUGCAUACGAUGGAAAUCAGGGGAUAUUUCCAUUAGCCUAUUGCAUCUGCGAUCAGGAAAAUACUGUAAACUGGAAUUGGUUCUUACAAGGUUUAUGGUCUAUUCUCUAUGAAAGGCCAGAUCCAUACAACCCUCCACACAAGCUAGUUAUAAUAUCUGAUGCGGAUAAGGGGAUCAGAGAAGCAGUCAGAGAAUAUUUUCCGGAUGCUAUACACUCUAGAUGUGUUCUGCAUCUAGUUGAGAAUUUCAGGACAAAGUUGCGGGAUUUGGGUUUCAAGGCAAAGGAUACUCGGAUUUUGGGCAACCUUUUGCAAUCUGCUUGUUACAAAUAUACUAAAGCAGAAUGGAAUGACUAUGUGGAGGACAUUACACUGGCGAACGAACGAGCCUACAAUAUUGUCAUGAACUACGCUCCAGAGAACUGGGCUAACGCAUUUUUCCCCGGAAUUAGAUAUGGUCACGUUACAUCAAAUGUUGCAGAGUCAUUCAACAAAUGGAUACAUGAGGCUAGGCUUCUACGGAUACUACAACUCGUAGAACACAUACGUAAACAGAUUAUGGUUCGCAUGAAUGAGCGACGAUUAAUGGCUGAAAGUUGGAAUGGAUUUCUUUGUCCCAAAGCUGAACUUGUUCUCAACGAGAACAUGGAAAAUGGGCGUCCAUUGAAUGUGCGUCAGUCUCAUACAAGAUUAUUUGAGAGCCAAUCCUCCUACUCUAUGGCACUAUCAACAGUUGGUUAUGGUGAUGGUGAAAUCGUCAGUAUUACCUCUCUAAUUGGUACGGCUGGUACAAUUGGUGGUGAAACUUCAGAAAGUAAAAUCUGGCUCGUUACUCGCUCCUUAAGUGUACUAGUCUCUGCUUCUGAAAUUGGUAUUACCAAAUCGAUCAGAUACUAUAAAGCCUGUUGCGGCUCGGGCUCACCUCUCUAG